CUCACACUCACUGACUGCGCAGGAUGGCUCCUUCUAACACUAGCAUGGUGCAGACUGCUGCCAAUGAGCUCAGCUCACAGGGACUGAGGAAGCUGAGAAAGCCAGUGAUUGAGAAGAUGAGGAGAGAUCGCAUUAACAGCAGCAUUGAGCAGCUCAGGACUUUACUGGAGAAAGAGUUUCAGAAACAUCAACUUCCAUCCAAACCAGAGAAAGCAGAUAUUCUGGAGAUGACAGUGACCAUCCUGCAGCAGCACCUGGCUGGGAAAUCUGCUCCAUCAUCCAGCCAGAGCUACAGAGAAGGUUACUCCAGAUGCCUCCAGGAGUCUGAGCGCUUCUUCUCCCUGAACAAACAGACAGAGGCCCAGGUGAAGCUUCUGCAGAACAUCCAUGGUGGACAAGCUGUUGCAGAGAGGGGCUUCACUUCUGGGUUACCUUUCUACCAGAACCCAAACAAACAAAUGGCUACAGAGACCACCAAAGCCAUCUGGAGACCCUGGUAA